GAUGAUAUUGGACUAAUAAAAAUGAGCGCCCUUGGAAGUUCAUCUGAUGUUUCACUGAGGUCAUCAUUAUUUAGGAGUGACACUUACAAACCAGUUAGAAAGAGAUUCACUUUAGAGGAAUUAGCAGCUCUGUCUGGGACUUCUAAUUUUUCUUCCACUUCAUAUCAACAUAAUGAGAAUCCAUUUUAUAAUGCCCAUACCCUUCUUCGCACCAUCAGUCAAAAGGGAGUUACAAAACAUAGAGACUACAGUAGAAAAUCACAAGAUCCGGCAAAAGAAAUUUUAAGGGUCAUCAGGAAGAAAGGACAAACACGAAACAACGAAAUCAAAGAAGCAGGGCCAAAAUGGAAAAAUGCACAGACACAGACAGAAAAGGAAAUUGAAGACAUUAUCAGAGAACUGGAAGAAAUAGAGAAACAUGCCGCCACUGUAUCACGUCGUAGAAAUUGCUGCCAAAAACCUUCGUCGCCAUGCACAACAGACAACGAUUUAAAAAUGGCGGAUGAUUUACUUAAUGAAUUGGACAAAGAAAUAUUGCCAAAUAAAUAUACGCAAACCAAACCCCUCUGUGACAAAGCAAUAUAUAAAGAGAUUAUCAAUUUUUCGAUGCCUCGUCGAAAAGUGCAAUCCAGGACGGAUCACCUCUGGCCUAAGGGACACAAACUCCACUUAAAAUUUGGUUUUGAUAAGAAAAAUUGAUUAUCGGUAAUCAUAAUUGGAUAGUUUAACUAAAAAUAUUGUUAUUACAGUGGGGCGAGGUAUGCGUUGUUUAUUUUUUUUUUAAGCAGAAAUCAUUAAUAUC